CAAAGAGUUAAUGGUUUCCUUCGUAACGUGAAGCGCGGUCAUUGCUGUGAUUGAUACUGUUUUGAAUCAUUAUUUUACGAUGUUUGUUCCAUUGAAUAACUGCGAUACUACAAAGUGGUCUGAUUUCACAUUAAUAUGUCCAUGCAUAUCUGUAGGCAAUGUGGGACAACUCGCAACAGAUCUGCUCAUCUCUACUUUGAAGAUGCAACAAGUUGGAUAUCUGUAUGAUUCAAGUAUGUUACCAAUGUGUGGUAAUGAUCCAUUCAGUACUUCUGGCCUUGUGGAAGGGAAGUUGUGUACAUCUGCAGAGGUAUACAAAUGCGACGAGAAGAAGUUACUGGUUGUCCAACUACGUGCAUUGCUUGUAAAGGGUAAACACAGUCAAUUUAGAAAGAAGUUACUCGACUGGAUCCAACAGAGUACCUUUAGACAGGUCAUCCUGUUAACAAGCAGUUUUGCCUAUGAAAGACUAGACUCACAGAUAACAGGAUCACCAUUGAGGUACCUUGUUACACCGUUACUAAAGAAGAUGCCAAAUGCACCAAACACAUGCAACUUGCAGUGGACACCACUUGAGAGGAGGGAAUAUGUGUGGUCACCUGAGCCAGACAAUGCAUCCAUACCAGAGGAGGCAAGAGGCAUUUACUUACCUGGUGGAGGUAUUGCAAGAAAGUUCUUUGAAGAGUGUUGUAAGGAGGAUAUACCCCUUGCUGUUUUACUUAUCUUCUGUUCCGAAGGAGACAACAUCCCCCAUGCAGUGCAGCUUGCAAACUAUCUCAACGAUUGGCUGAAAUUUACAGAGAAAAGGACAGAACCAUCCGGAUGUACCUUUAAGAUACCAAGCUCAUGGACAUUAUUAUUUGGAAGUGCAGUAAACCCUGAAUUAUACUAAGCACUAACUGCAGAAAAACUGUAUACACCAUUGGGAGACUUUCAGAGGCCUAGCAUUUCGCUCUAAGUAGUUGCUAUCAUGGAUUAAAUCAACGAUAAAACUAAAUUACUAACAAGCACAAAUAUUUUAAAACGGAAAAAACAUGAAAUGUUUAUUAAAAACAAGUCUAAUUCUUAAAAAACUAUUUUAAUGUUUACAUAUACAGUAAUUAGCAAGAUCGUAUCUGUUGUCUACUGCUGCUAUAGCAAAAGUCUAGCGGCCCUAUCCACUGCGCGGUGCUCUUUGUAACUGGCUAUCUGCUCAGGCCAAUGAAUGAAAAAAUCCAAUUGAUGGUGAGAGUUGCACCAAGAUGAAUGUUGUGCACUUAAGCCAAGAGACUAAAGUAGACCACAAUUCUAACAGAUUUACUUCAAUGUUCAUUCUCCUUCUCAUGCCAGCUGGUAUGUUUGGAAGCCUUAAGGCCUAUGAGUUGAUUGACAUGAAAGCACUAAAACAGAACUGAUUGGCAUUUUGUUAAUGUAGCAGUCCCACUCAUAAUUAUUGAGUUUUACAUUAAGUAUGAAAAUGCCAAAAGUCUGGAACUUAACAUUCUCCAAUUGUGAUGCCAUGAUUAAAAUGUAAUGUCAUGUGUGGAACAUGGUUAAGGCUUAGGGCUUUUCCACUGAUAUAUCAUCAUGAGGUCAGUGCGUAUCUAGGAGUCUUAUAACGGUGGGGGGGGGGGGUGAUGGAGGGGGAAGAUACGCCACUGCAUGAGGUCAAGCCCGAUGCUUGUUACUUUUUUUUGUACAUGGGCAAGACACUUAAUCUACAUUUCUCUCUCCAUCAGGAGUAUGUACUGUUGAUACUUUGAAUGAUGCAAAACUACCCCGAGGGAACGGUGGUGGUUACACAUUGUUAAAUGGCAUAGGGUAAUAAUUACCUGUGCCUAGAUAGAUGUGGUGUGCUAUUAUACAGUAGAAAAACCGAAAAUUAUGAGAUUAUGCACAAAACAUGCAGGGUUUCCUGUUCCUGCUUAGGCCAAAAAAAUAAAUUUGUGUGUUGGCCAUGUUUUGUGAAAAUCCAAAAAAUCAGUAGGUCGGUAGGAAAACUUUUUUUUUUUAAACCAAAAAUGUGUUUCCGCUAAAAAAAAAUAGAAAAUACACAAAUAAUACAACAGUUUUGGAUUCGCAUAGAGUACCAUGCACCAAAAUAGGCUAGGCCUUGGCCCCCUAGCCUAGUCCAGCCUUAUUAGCUCAUGGAAAAAAAAUAUUGUUCCUUGUAAUAAAAAAA